UGUACCUUUUCCCCUCGAAUCUAACGGUCAGGAUUUCAUCACCACAAGAUCCACGCUUAUAUAUGAAUCUUCCAUUUUCAAAUAAGAACGCUCUCAAAAACUCAUCUUCUUCGCCUGAGAAAGGUAAGAAAUGGCGAUUUCUAGAAGCUGGAUUCUCUCUCUGAAAUUCAUAUUUCUAUCCAUUACCGUAUUGUUUAUAGCUAUGUUGUUGAAAUUCUCUGUUCCAUUGAUUAUAGACUUUAUAAUCUACCAGUUACCUUCAAUUUGGGAGUUUAUAGCAUCGUGGCUGAAACCUCCAUAUCUCUAUCUAAUCAUUAACUGUAUCAUUAUCUCCAUUGUUGCAUCUUCAAGCUUCCAUCAGAGAUCGGAUUCAUAUGAUGAUUUAUUCAAGUCUUCGGUUAUAGAUCUAGAAUUCGAACUCCAAUCAGAGGAAUCUAGAUCUACAUCUAGGUCUGAAGAUGAAGAUGAGUUCGUUAUCUCGAGAUCGAAUUGGACGCCAUCGCCACGAACUAACUCGCCGGAGAAACCUAUGGCUCUGUCGAGGUUUAGCAAUCGGAAACCUGCAAGAAUCAGUCCGGAAGCUGCGAAGGUAUUGAAAGUGGCGAAGCCGAAGAAGAAUGAAACAUUGGAGAACACAUGGAAGACGAUAACUGACGGCCGUCAUGUGCCGUUGACGAGACAUCUUAAGAAGUCGGAAACGUUUGAGAAUUACGGCUGUCAAAAUGAUGGUAAUGAAUCACCGAAGAAUCGGAUAAUGAAGAAAUCGGAAACGUUCAGAGAUCGAACUAACUACUGUAACAACUCUCCGCCCUCGUCGACGUCGGUAAGUCCGUCGCCGGGAAAGAUGCGGAGAGAACCGUCGUUGAGCCACGACGAGCUGAACCGGCGAGUGGAGGCGUUUAUAAAGAAGUUUAACGACGAGAUGAGGCUGCAGAGACAGGAUUCUCUCAAGCAGUAUUCGAAAAUGAUGAGCGGUGGUAUCCGUUAGAUAUUUGAAAAUAAUCUAUCUUUUUGAAUUUAUUUUAUUGCAAACAAAAUGGAAAAUUAGAGAUUUAAUUCAUUUCAUUGGCUGAAUUUUAGGUUGGGGGUUGUAAAUUAAAAAACUUACUUUCAUAUAGAGAAGAAAUGAAUUAUUCUUUUUGAGUUUCA